ACUUCCGUCAGUUACUUAAACCUGUUACGUAGUCUCCACCCCGUUAAGCUCUGGGAAUUGGGACAUUAGGGAGAAUAGAGAGGCGAUCUGGUUGUGCAUAUGCAGGAGUAAUGCCGUGAAAGUGAAAUAUUUGGUUCUGAUAAUCAUUACAGUAGCCUUAUAUAGUAUUUAGUUUUGUGACUCUGUCGUCACUUUAGCUGCCUUCUCAGCCACUUGAAAUUCAGUGUUACGAACUCGAACAGCCGAAGAUUUACAUCUUCACUGCAGACGAUUAUUAGUAGGAAAUUGUAACGCUGAUGGAGAGCAACCACCACUUGCCUCCCAAAAAGGAAUCAUAUUCCAUGACUAAUCAAAUGAGUGGUGAGUACAUGGAUUUUUCGACUGCAUACGCAUUUUGUGCGGUGCCACCACCACAGGCCAUGGAACACCUUCCACCGGUCCAUGGUCUUCAAUUCCAACCAUCUACUUUGUGCCCGAAGAAUUCCAUUGUAUUUGACCAGACUGCUUACCAGAGCCGGAUCAUGUUUCACCCGACAAUUGCCCCCAAAUUUGGAAAUCCAGGCUUUCAAAGCUAUCCGACCUAUGUGGAGAAGAAAGGUGAGAUAAAAUGUGCUUUCAACGAACAAAGGGAGGUUUCAUUUUCUGAUAAAGAGGACUCAGAUGAUAUUGAUGCUUUGCUGAGCUUGGAAGAGGAGGAAGAUGAAGAGUAUGACGAGGAUGAGGUGAGCACUGCAAGGACCAAUGGCAAUUAUGGGAGCUCGUCCCCCGAUUCGUGCUCCAGCUACAGAUCAAAGGCUAGGAAACUUAGCAUCUCUUCUCUUCUCCAGAAGUCCUCGGGCAGUACAAGCAGUUCGAGCAAUGAACCCAAGCAGCAGAAAAUGAAGAAGAUGGUAAAGGCGCUGAGAGGAAUCAUUCCGGGUGGCAAUCAGAUGAGCACUGUUACUUUGUUUGAUGAAGCUGUUAGAUACCUCAGGACUUUGAAGAUUGAAGCAGAGAAGCUUGGAGACUUUAAGGACUAGACUGGUGUCCAUGCUAUGGCACUGGGACUGGGCUGCUACAUAC